ACUUUUUUUUUUUUUUUUUGAAAGUUGAUUGAUCCCCUCACUAAUCAAAUCAUAAGCCAAAAAUCAUGUCACUAUCACCAUUUGAAAAAGCUGCUAGUGGAGCAUUGGCAUCAGCAAUUGCCAAUACGUUGGUGUAUCCUCUAGAUUUGAGUAAAACAUUGAUUCAGACCCAGGUUAAAAAAAGUAAUAAGGAAUCAUCAAGUCCGAUAGUCUCAUCAGAAUCAGACGAGAGUGUUUAUCUUCAAAAACGUAAGGAUGGAGAGCUAAAAUAUAAGAACACUAUUGAUGCAUUGAAGAAGAUCUAUGCUAAAAAGGGUGUAUUGGGGUGGUAUCAUGGACUUUUUUCAUCGAUUCUUGGUUCUGCUGCUCAAAAUUUUUCUUAUUUUUAUUGGUAUACGAUUGUUAAACGAGUUUAUGCUAAUUUAUAUAAACAUAUUCCAAAUCAUAAGCCGACUACGAUUACCGAAUUAUUCUUGGGUGCAUUGGCUGCUGCAAUUUCUCAAUUAUUUACUAUGCCAAUUGGGGUUAUUACUACCCAACAACAAACUGAUAAAACUCAUAAAAGUUUAUAUCAAUUAACUAGAGAAGUUUUAGACCAAGACGGAGUUUGUGGUUUAUGGAGAGGUUUAAGAGUGAGUUUGGUUUUAUGUAUUAAUCCCUCAAUUACUUAUGGUUCUUAUGAACGCUUGAAACAAAUUUUAUUUGGUUCUAAAGAAUAUUUGGGUCCUUUGGAAAGUUUUUCAAUUGGGGUUUUGGCUAAAUCUUUAGCUACCGUUGCAACCCAACCUUUAAUUGUUUCUAAAGCAAUGUUACAAAAAAAACAACCUAAUAAAGACCAAUCAAAAAAACAUGAUGAUGAUGAUGAUGAUGAUUUUGAUGAAGAUGAUGUUAAAUUUCAACAUUUCACCCAUGCUUUAUCUCAUUUAUGGGAAACUGAAAAAUUUAAAGGGUUAUAUAAAGGUAUUGCUCCUCAAUUGUUAAAAGGUGUUUUCGUUCAAGGUUUGUUAUUCAUGUUUAAAGAUCAAAUUGAUUUAUUGUUUUUAUUCUUAUUAAAGUUAUUAAAGAACAGAAAGUCUUUAAAACGUUAA